AAUUCACAACUACUACAAAUUACCUUCGUGUUCGGUUACCACUCAAACUUUCCGAACCAAAAGUAGCAAUCAUAUGUGGUUCAGGACUUGGACAAUUAGCUGAUGUUAUCACUGAUAAAGUGGAAUUCUCUUAUGAAGAUAUACCAGGGUUUGUCUCCAGUACAGUACAAGGUCAUGCAGGAAAACUUGUUUUUGGCCUACUUGGUGAUAAAAAAACACAAAUAGUUUGCAUGGUCGGAAGAUUUCAUUUUUUUGAAGGGUAUACACUUAAUCAGAUCACAUUUCCUAUAAGAGUUUUUAAGAUGUUAGGUGUGGAAGUAUUGAUUGCUACCAACGCGAGCGGAGCACUAAGCAGAGACUUCAAAGCUGGCACGAUAGGUAUAAUAAGUGAUCACAUUUCCCUUCCUUGUUUAGUCGGAAACAAUCCCCUAUGUGGCCCAAACGUCUCUGCUUUCGGAACGAGAUUUCCUCCAAUGUCCGAUGCAUAUGAUUAUAAUCUUCGUGUAAUUGCAUUCAAAGCUGCUAAUUCCCUGAAAUUGCCCAAAGAAACUUUGAAAGAAGCUAUAUACACUUUUUAUAGUGGACCUUCGUUUGAAAGCAGGGCUGAAGCAAGGUUCUUAAAAUCGAUAGGUUGCGAUUUAAUUGCUAUUGGGAAAGGCAAAAGCGCAGAUCCAGCAGAACAGAAUUUGGAUGAUAUAAAGGUGCCACAAGUGAAUCACGAGGAGGUACUUCAGAUUGGGAAAGAGAGAUCCUUAGAUAUGCAGAAAUUGGUUGGAACUAUUGUGGACUUAAUUGCAUCUACCUGA